UUCUGACACUGUGGAAUGAUCUUGGAGUUCAUUAAACAACAAAACAGCUCACUCACGGAGACGUCCAGUCCUUACUUCUGCUAUGCUGGUCUCUCCUUUACAAGAGAAUUAGAUGAAUUAUAUUGCAAUCACUUCACAAUGCACAUAGGAAUCAAAGUAUUCUCCACCGUUUUCUCCAGCACUUCAUUUAUUUUCGUCAUGAAAUGGCUUUGGGGUGAUUUUACUGUCACUGUGCAUGUUGAUCCUCCAAUUGCCUUCGCUGGACAAGCUGUGAUGUUGUCCUGCAAUCUCAGAGGCCACAACCCCGCUAACGUUCAAGUGCAUUGGUAUAAAUGGGAAAGGAGCAAAAAUACGACAUUAUAUUUUUACAAUAGCACAGAAAAAGGGACUGAGCUGGGCCGGGCUGGGGACCGGCACAGGAUCAAAGGACGAUAUGAGAAUGGAGUGGUUAGCAUGAAGCUCUUUCCAGGGCAAGUAGAAGAUAGUGGUCAGCACGUGUGUGCGGUGACAAGCGAUGGUGUCUAUCAAGAAGCUAUCGCCCAGGUGACUGUUGCAGGUUUUGGCUCUGCACCUCGUCUAACGAUAGACCAUCAGCAGAAUAAUUCAGUCACUCUGAGGUGUACGUCCCAAGGGUGGUACCCACAACCUGAAGUACGCUGGACUGACAGCACAGGACAAAACAUAACUGCUAUGGCUGAAACAAGAAUCCAAAAAGAUGUGACAGAUCUGUAUCAAAUCCACAGUACGCUCAGGGUAGCAGAUAUUGCUUCUGACACUAUCUUAUGCACUAUAAGAAACCCCUUGCUGAAGAGGCACCGCAAAAAAGUUAUUGCAAUUUCAGGUUUCUUUGAUGUGGAGGCAGAACAUGACGUCGUUACCGCUGGAAUUGGAGAAAACGCCAUUCUGCCCUGCCGGCUGAUUACGAAACAUCUGCCCCCUAGCAUGGAGCUGCAAUGGAGGAAAGUUGGACCUGGAAAGGAUAAGACAAUCUAUUUCUACCUCUAUGAUGAAAGCAGCCCCCUGGUUAAUUCUUAUCCACAUGAUGACAAAUGCGCAAUGGGUUAUUUGUCUCCAAAUGGAGUCAACAGCAGAGAAUGGCGCAGGAAAGAAUAUGGAAAAAAGGCAGAAGUUUUUAAAGGAAAGGAGUUUGGGAAAGGAAAUAUUUCUCUGAAACUGAACAAUAUUCAGGUGGAAGAUGAAGGGAAAUACGUAUGUUCUGCCACAGCCAACUCAUUUCACAGAGAGAUCAUCAUUGACAUCUUGGUUAUCGCCCAACUCAAGGAGGAAAAGGAGGAACUCCAGGAGCAAAUGGGAGACUUGGAAAAGAGAAGAAAGGAACUCCAGGAGCCAAUGGGAGACUUGGAAAAGAGAAGAAAGGAACUCCAGGAGCAAAUGGGAGACUUGGAAAAGAGACUAAAGGAACUCCAGGAGCAAAUGGAGGAACUCCAGGUGCCAGUGGGUGUCUUAAUCUGUUUAUUGCUGUCUAUUGCUGGGAUCACCAUCCUUUUUCUUGGAAAAUGGAACAGAGACUUGGAAAAGAGAAAAAAGGAACUCCAGAAGCAAAUGGGAGACUUGGAAAAGGGAAAAAAGGAACUCCAGGAGCAAAUGGGAGACUUGGAAAAGGGAAAAAAGGAACUCCAGGAGCAAAUGGGUGAAAUGAAGAAGGAAUUAGAAUGGAGAAGGGCUCGGAACAAUUCAGAUGACAUCACUCUGCACGGAAUCACGGCCCACCCCAACCUUUCAAUUUCUGAGGACAAGAAGAGUUUUACACAGGAAGCCCAACCUCAGCAAGUUCCACCAAACCCAGAGAGGUUCGAUUCGACCAUCUGUGUGUUGGGCUGUGAAGGAUUCUCCUCUGGAAAGCACUACUGGGAGGUGGAGGUUGUGAGCAGCACUGACUGGGACCUGGGGGUGGCCAGAACAUCAAUACAGAGAAAAGGAAAACUUUCCCUGUCCCCUAAAGAGGGAUUCUGGGCUCUGGGUCUGAGUGGAAGAGAUUAUUGGGCAAAAACAGACCCAUGGACCCUGGUCAUGGUGCAGAAAAAGCCCAAGAAAAUUGGAGUUUCCCUUAGUUACCAAGACAGGCAGGUGACUUUUUUCAAUGUAACUGACAUGUCUGUGUUGUUCACAUUUAAUGAUUGUUCAUUCUCAGGAGAGGUUUAUCCAUUCUUUAAAAAUUCAGACAAAAAAACAACAAUGAGAAUUUGUUCAAUUAAUGAGGAAUAAAUAUAACAUGACACUGAUGCUGGUUUUAUACUGAUGUAACUGAAAUCAAGGUUUUCAUGAAUGUAUUUUGAUGUAAAAAAAUCUGGGUUUUUUUAAAUGUACAUUGCCAUGCUGUCUUCAUUACAUGUUUUGCAAUAAAAUGUUUUCAUUUCCU